AUGAAAGCAUACCGAUUCCUGGGCGCCGAAGAGGGCAUGGCGCUCCACGAGGUUCCGGUUCCGACGCCCGGGCCCGGCCACGCCCUGAUUCAGGUCAAAGCUGCGGGACUCUGCCACUCGGACACACACGUCUUGCACGGGGGUGGUGCAGCCUGGAUGUGCAAGUUGCCCAUCACACUGGGCCAUGAGAUUGCCGGCGUCAUCACCGCGCUGGGCGACGGACCUUCGUCCUCAUCCUUGAAAGUCGGCGACCGCGUGGCCGUGGCUUGCGUCGGGCAUCCCAUCCAGGAACGCAAUUUCCAAGAAGCUCUUGGCGUCGGCUGCGACGGCGGAUACGCCGACUACGCGGUUGCUCCGCUGAAAAACCUCGUCAAGCUGCCGGACUCGGUUAGCUUUGUCGCCGCGGCCGUGGCAACCGACUCCAUCGCCACCGCUUACCACGCCGUUGUUGCCGAGGGCCAAGUGUCCAAGUCGGCCACCGUUGCGGUCAUAGGCCUCGGCGGGUUGGGCCUGAACGGCGUCGCCAUCGCUGCGCUGCGCGGAGCGAGAGUGUUCGGGGUCGACAUCAACACGGACAAAUUCGAACAGGCACGGGCAGUGGGCGCUGUUGACUGCGCCACGAGCCUGGCACAAUUUAAGGAUGAGACUUUUGAUGUCAUCCUGGACUUUGCGGGCGCCCAGCCCACGGUCGAGGCGGCAGUGUCUACAGUCCGACCUGGCGGCUGCGUGGUGCUGGUCGGGUUGGCGGCGCAGAAGAUCCAGAUCACCACCACCUCUCUGGUCACCAACAACGUGUCAUUAAGGGGUUCGACGAGUGCCAGCGUGCAGGAGUUCAGUGAGGUUUUGGAUCUGCUGGCCUCGGGCUCACUUGAGCCAUGUGUGGAGGAGAUCCCCUUCGAGGAUAUUCCCAAAGGUCUCGAAAUGCUGGGCCGAGGCGAAGUGAACGGUCGACUUUACACAAUUCCAUAA